AUGUUCAUCUAUCGCGUGUUCUUCCAUCGUCUACACGAUUUCCCCGGCCCUCGCUUGGCCAAGGUAUCGAAGCUGUGGAACGUUGUCAAGGCUUCGAAGUCGACCAAUUUCAGACUCAUGGAAGAUCUACACGACCGCUACGGUGAUUUCAUCCGCACAGGUCCGAAUGAGAUAUCAAUCUUCAAGCCUGAGGCCGUACGGGCUCUCGAUGGGCUCAGUACGAAAUGCACAAAGGCGCCGUGGUAUGAUAUCAUGCAACCUCGAGUCUCCGUUGCCACCACGAGGGACAAGGAGUCCCAUAGCCAAAGGCGUAAGAUAUCGGAACGAGCUUUCCGUCCUCAAGCACAAUUGUACCUACGCAUCUCGAAACUGGAUGGGAAAGCCGUCGACGUCUCCAAACUCUUCUACCUCUACUCAUUCGAUGUUAUGAGUGAUCUAGCUUUCGGAGAACCAUUGAACAUGCUCGAUAGUGACGAGUAUCACUUUACAGUUGGGCUCCUGCAGGAUGGUAUGAACCUUCUUGGACCACUAUCGCCUGUUCCUUGGCUGGUCAGAAUCGGUUAUAGUAUUCCAGGGGUAGCACAGAAUUUCAAGAAUCUGCUUGGCUGGUCAGCGCAGAAGCUUCGAGAUCGAAUGAAGAACGAGCCUGCGAAACGGGACGUCAUGUCAUGGCUUCUAAAAGCUAGCCAAGAUGCGGGUCGCUUGGAAAAAGAUCAGCACUGGCUCCGGGGGGACUGCUUUGCUCUCAUUGUCGCUGGAAGUGAUACUGUCGCGUCGACUCUGAUAUCCAUCUUUUACCACCUCGCUGAUGACCCCAGCCAGAUGGUCAAAUUACGAGCAGAGCUGGAGAACGUCAACAGUGUUCCAGGCUUGGACGCCCUGAAAUCAAUGGCACAUCUCAACGGCAUGAUCAAUGAAGCUUUGCGGUUGCACCCUGCCUUACCUUCGGGUGGGUUUCGGGAGACACCCCCCGAAGGCUUGACGAUUGCGGGUCACUUCAUACCAGGAAAUGUAGUGGUAUCAGCGCCGAGAUACUCCUUAGGCCGGCUCGAAUCGUGUUACGAUCGAUCCAACGAGUUUGUCCCGGAAAGAUGGUAUGCAAGGCCAGAAAUGAUCAAGGAUGACUCAGGCUUCUCUCCCUUCUCCAUGGGGCGCUACAAUUGCAUCGGGAAGAACCUUGCGAUGAUGCAGAUUCGCAGUGUCGUGGCGAGGCUCGUAAACGACUUCGAUUUCGCAUUUACGCCCGGUGAGGACGGCGUGAACGUGUGGCGAGAUCUCAAAGAUCAAUUCAACUCGCACCCGGGGAAGUUGGAACUCUACGGCAACCCGAGGUUCGGAGGGGAUCUGAAUAUCUCAUGCGCGUUGAACAUGAACGGAUGCCACCGAGAAAAUGACGUCAACAGUCUCAAUGUUGUACAUGUCGCAGGGACGAAAGGGAAGGGUAGCACAUGUGCUUUCGUCAACUCGUUCCUGAAAGCGCAUGGCGAAAGGACCGGGUUUCCACGAAGAAUCGGACUCUACACUUCCCCCCAUUUGAAGCAUGUACAAGAGAGGAUCCAGAUCGACUCAAAAACCAUAUCGGAAGACCUUUUUGCGAAAUACGUUUUUGAAGUCUGGGACGGUUUGUCUCACAACACCCCAAAACCCCGUUACCUCCAGCUUCUAAUGCUUGCGUCGGUCCACGCAUUCAUUAGAGAGGGGAUUGACGUUGCGAUCUACGAGACUCAUAAUGGUGGAGAAUAUGACGCUACAAAUGUUAUCCAAAAGCCUAUCGUCACCGGAAUUACAACAAUCGGGAUGGAUCAUAUUGAGCAGCUCGGCCCAUCGAUCGAAAACAUCGCCUGGCAUAAGGCGGGAAUUUUCAAGUAUGGAAGCCCUGCUUUUUCAACUCUCCAGGAGCCCGCAGUUGCUACAGUAUUACAGGCGCGAGCAAGUGAGAAAAAUGUGGCAUUGGGGUUUGUCGAUGUCGAUCCUACACUGCCCUGCAAAGCGGAUGCGUUGAAGCCAGAGGUCCAGCAAAAAAAUUCUUCGCUUGCUAUCGCUCUUGCCGACACUUUCCUGAAGGCAAAGGCACCUAAAGAGUAUUGUAGCCUGAUGUCGCAAGACGUUAUUCGAGGUGUAGAUCGUUUUUUCUGGCCCGGAAGAUAUCAACGGAUCAUCGAUGGGGACUACCAGUGGUUUCUUGAUGGAGCCCACAAUGAGCUGAGUAUUCAGAAGGCUGCGCAGUGGUUUGCUGAGACCGUCUCGGAGAGCCAACGGUACCUGGAAAUGUCCAAUUUGAGAAACACGGAAUCGAAAGCUGAAAAUUCCAGCAAAAUCCUGCCAGUCACGCGCAUUCUCAUUUUCAGCCACGUAUCUGAACGCGAUGGAGCGGCCAUCCUAAAAGGUGUUGCUAGAGGUUUACAGGAAAGUGGAAUGCAGAUACAACACGUCAUCUUGAGCACCUAUGAAGAAAGACAAGACGGUACUGUCGGCAUAAAUCAAUGUUCAAACCCUCCCAAAAAGCCUUUCUCACUAGAUGUUCAGAAGGAUUAUGUUGACGCUUACAAGAGUAUUAAUCCCAAUGUCGACAUAGCAAUUGAGCCAACCAUUGAGGGUGCUUUGAACCUUGCAAAGGACAUAGGAGAUCGUGACAACGGAAUGCAGACUUUGGUGACAGGAAGUCUGUACCUAGUCGGUGGUGCUCUCCGCCUCCUGGAAACAAAUGCUUGA